AAAUCCACCAUGACCUCCUGCCCAGAUUAUUACAUCAGUUUUCUGCCUGGUUUCUCUGCUUCUAUUCCCGACCAUUAUUAAUCCAGUUACCAAUGUGAUUGAUUUAAAACUUUAAGUCAGAUCAAAAUCUUCCCAUUCCAUGGAGAAUAAAAACCAAAGUCUUCACAAUAGCCUAUAAGAGUCUACCUCAUCUGGCCCCUGUUCCUUGUCUGACCUCAUUUCUGAUCUCUGAAGCCCCUCACUCACUCGCCUCUAGCCACCUGUUUCUCAAAUGUCCCAAGCACAUCCCUGCCUCGGGAGCUUUGUACGGCUGUUCUCUGUGCUUCAACCCCUCUUCCCUCAAUUAUGCACCUGGCCCAUUUCCUCUCUUACCUCAGGUCUCUGCUCAGAAAUCACUUCAGUGAUGCCUUCCCUGACCAUCCUAUUUAAAAGUUAUGCUCCACCCUGGCAACCCUAUCUUCCUGAGCCUGUUUUCUCCAAAGCACCUAUCAUGAUCUGACUUACAACUAGAAUAUAAGCUCUGUGAAGACAGGGGCUUUCUCUAUGGUGUCACACCUCUAUUCUAGCACACAGUUCCUGGUGUGGGUACUGAAAAAAUGAUUGCUGGAUGAAUGAAUGAAGUCUCUUGGACUUGGGAGGCUGCUGUAGCAUGGAGGGAAAGAUUCCUAGAUGAAUCAGAAGAUCUGGGUUUGAAUUUGAUUACUGUACUAGGAAAUAGACAUGAUGCCCAGCUUUGCUACUGUAUACUAUAAUUAGUUAAAUUAUUUAACCUUUAAGAGCCUCAGUUUUCUCAUCUAUAAAAUGGUAAUAAGAACAUGCUUGAUUCACAGAGCCAAUGUGUGAAUGAAAAUGUUACACAAAUGUAAUACUGUCAGACUUCUGUAACUGAUCACAUAUGUUAAAUGUUGAAUUAAUUUAACAUUUCUAUAUAAUAGUUUAUUCUUAGAAGAUUUAUUUACUCUGGGAACCAAAAGGACGCCUUGGAUUAUAAUAACUAUUUUAAAUUGUCUUUCUCUAGGGAUUAUAAUUAUAAUCUCUAGGGAUUAUAAUUGUUUAUAUAUAAAUUGUACAUAUUAGUAUCCUAUAAACUUUAACUUUUGGGUGUUAUGGUCAACAUUAUUUUUGCUUUCUAGUCUGAGGUAUUAUCAACUCUCUUCUAAAUAGGGGGAGAUGAGACUUGUUGUCUGGAGGUCUUUGAUACUGUUAUUUGGCUCUGGAAUUGUCCAGAGCCAAAUAACACAAGCCAGGUUCCUCAGUUUACAUAAAAUGUCAAGAAAGAUAGUCACCUCCUUGAAGGCAGGCAGUUAUCUAUAGAUCCUGCUCCACAUUUAGCACAAUAUCUUGUAUACAAUAAAGACCUAAUAAAUAUUUGCUAACUAAGUAAGUCAAAGAACAGAUUACAAUAGGUAGAAAUCAAAGCACAAAGUGAAAGAGAGAAAGCAGAGAACAUUGGUGAGCUAAUUAACAGGCUUAUUUCCCUUUUAUUUUCUCAUCAGUCCUAUAACCAUUCUAGAGGCCAAGGACCUGAGGUGGCCAAUCUGCACAAUCCUUUGUGAUCCAAGCUCAGGGAUCUGCCCUGGAGUGGUACACCCUUGGUCAGGGUGGAAUCAGAUAGGAGACACUAGGGCAGAUACCUGAGACGUGGCAGGUUAGGCGAAGGGAGGUCUGUGAACCUAGACUUGCCCCACACCAGGGUCAUUAUGCCCUGAGCAAACCCUGCUCCUUCCAGCACCCACUCUGUAGGCAGAAACCCAGACACCCUGCUCUUCCAGGACAGCAGGGGGCGCCUCAGGCCUCAGUUCCUCCCACAGGUCCUGUAGCUGCACUUUUCAACUCUGGUCCCUUCAGUAUCCGGCAGGGGGUGAAGACCAAACAAGAGGAGGGGGUUAAGCAGAGGAGUCCACCUAGGAGGAGAGGUUGGUUCUGCCCCCUUCUUCAGCUGCUCCAGCUAGCCUCUCUCUGGAAGCCUGAGUCCAAAAAGCAGAAGUGCUGACCCUGAAGACAGAGACAUGGGCUCUGCUGGCAUUGCCUUCAUGCUGUUUCUUCUGCUGGGGAUCUCAGGUGAAGCCUUGAGGUUAGGCGCAGAUGAGGAAGAAACAGAGAAUCUCUUGGAGUCAAUCUGUGGGCGGCCCACAGCCUCAUAUGGCAUCUCCUCAGGCCAGAAAGCCAAUGUGGGGCAGUGGCCCUGGCAGGUCAGUGUCCGCCAAGGCUUGCUCCAUGUCUGCUCGGCCACCCUCAUCUCAGAGCAGUGGGUGCUGACAGUGGCAAGCUGCUUCCGGUUGAAGGAUACCAGAAAGUACAAUGUAUUGGUGGGGUCACUUCAGAUCUUUGGUCACCCAAACUCCAAAAUGACUGUAAUACCUGUGUCCCGGAUUAUCCGCCACCCAGACUUCCAAGGAAACACAUCUAAUGCCAUCGCUGUGGUAGAACUGGCCUACCCAGUUUCUUUUAGCCCUGUUGUUCUGCCCAUCUGCCUCCCCUCAUCUGAAAUCCAACUGAAGAACACAACCUCUUGCUGGGUGAUUGCAUGGGGCUAUUCUAGAACAUAUCAACAUAUCAAGCCUUCUUAUACAUUGAAGGAACUAAAAGUGCCCCUCAUUGACCUCCAGACAUGCAGUGACUACUAUCAAAAUGAAAGCUUGUUGCAUGGAGUUAAACCCGUCAUCAGUGAAGCCAUGAUCUGUACCAAGCUCCCCAUGGGGCAGAUGGAUCAGUGUAUCGGCCAUAGAGGAGAUCCCCUGAUGUGUCAAGUUGAGGAUUUCUGGGUCCUGGCAGGAGUGGUGAGCUGGGGAUCAAAUUGCAUCCGAAUCAAUCAGCCUGGAAUAUAUACAAAUGUCAGUUUCUACAGGUCUUGGAUUGAUAAGUCAGCUAUCUCAUUUACUGGGCUUUCUGCUACACCCUAUCUGGGCCUCUCUGGGCUCCUACCUAAUAUGCUUCUGCCUCUGUUUUUCCUGGGGCUGCUCUAACUGGCUGAGGUCAGUUAGGGUGAAAGGACAGUUGAGAAUGAAGAAGAAAGGAAAAAUUCCAGACUUGAGGAUUUUGAAAAGAGAUUUUAAAGAGUCAGCAAGACAGAAACAGUUCCAAUGCCCCAUAAGCCUAAUCUGCUUGUCAUCUUUUUUCCUCUAGUUCAACCUAGAAAGUAAGAUCCCUAGAAUGAAUAAAAUUGGUUAAUGCUAACCAUUAGUUCACAUAUUUAUUCUUUUGAUGAAAGUGGAAAUAGAGCCUGGGAAAAUAUACAAACACAGAAUUUCAUGGCUGAAAGGAAUCUACAAAUCACCUGGCUCAACAAAUU